AUGCCUUCGCUGUGGAAACGGAUAACGUUCUCGGUGGCUUCGGUGCUCUGUGUCGGCUCGGUGGCGCUCCUGGUCGUGGCCCUGUCCACAGAGCGGUGGGUCACCGGACGGAUCCUGUGUAAAACCGGGGCUGAGAUUGUGAACGCGUCCCAUCCGGAGAUGGAGCAGUUCAUCGGGGACAUUUACUACGGCUUGUUCCAGGGAGGAAAGACCAAGAAGUGCGGGCUCGGCAACAGACGCUCCAAAAUAUACAUUUUCCCAAAGCUUGUGCGGAAGUUGAACGGCGGCCUUCACAUGAUGGUGAUCCUCUUCCUGCUGGUGGCUGUGGGGUUUGCACUGGUCAGUCUGUCUUUCUGCAUUUACAACGCACGCAAGGUUCCCUACCAGAGCAUCAAAGGACACAAAGGACUCUACUUAUGGAACUUCAUUGCUGCUUUCUUUGGUGCCCUGGGCAUGCUGUGUUUCCUGGCAGCCGUGAGGCACCACGGUCUGACCGAGCGUGUGGCUAAUCAUCAGGAGAACCUCUUUGUGCUGGUUGUGCUGGAUGACAGCCUGGACUGGUCCUUCUGGCUGGGUGUAGGCAGCAUUGCCACUCACUUUGCUGUCUGUGGAGUGGUUGCCAUGAGCCGGAUCAAACUGCCCAAACCGGAGAUCAAGAAACCUGAAGAACCAACCAUCGCUGCUCUGGACCUGCUCUACUGAAGGACCAACCAAGGAGCAUUUACAUCACUGAUGGUUGACUGGAGCCAACCACAGUGACUGACAGCAGAGUGAAACCAACACUGUGCCAGUGCCCCUUAAGUCUUAAUACUGUAGCCUAACCUACAUGAGUGCAAAGAGUCCUGCAUCCCGAACUUGUCCUUUGCAUUCUAGACAUCCUGUGCUGGAUAUAUUCUGUCUAUAGCUGCACAAUGUAAAUACAUCAUUGUUUUUUCAUUUUAUGUAUAGAAUGCCAUUAACGGAUCUGUUAUUCUAGCCCCUUCAUGAUGGAUUUUUUUUUUUACAGUAAUUAUUCUUGAUCCCUAGAAUCAAGAAAGUGCAGCUAUGCAUGAAUAAUGGGGAGUUAUGGGCUUAUGUGAUGAAUGUAAACUAUACCAUAAUCAUUAAAGGUUUUUUAUUACAUGUGUUAGAUCGGUUAUAAUCAUACUAACAACCUUGUGACAAACAAAUAUUUAAAGUUAAC